UGAAUUUAUAAUUUAAUUUAAUUAAUCCAAAAUUAAUUUAAUUUACUUUUUAUUUUUUUUCAACAUGACUUCGAAUUUUGAAUUUCUUCAAGUGCACAUUAAUUCUUUUGUGGAAAAGCAAAAAUUGACGAAUGUUAAAAUUAAAGUUUCCAGUGGCAAUGUGGGUGUUAGUAAUUUUCUAGGAAGUAUCUAUCGAGUUCAAUUGGAGGGAGAAAAAAUUGAUGAAAAUAAAAGUCUGUCUUAUAAUCUGGUCAUUAAGUGCUGUCCAAAAGAGAGUACAGUUAUUUUUAAUGAACUUAAAGUACGAAAUUUUUAUCAUCAUGAAAUUUGUUUUUAUGAGGAGAAAAUUCCUGUUUUUAAUCAAUUAUUAAGUGAAUGUGGCAAUAAUGUGAAAAUUGAGGAUAUUCCUAUUUAUUACGGUUGUUGUAAAACUAAAGGCGACGAGGUGUUAAUAUUGGAAGACGUUUCUCACCGUGGAUUCACAGCAAAAAAAUCACAGAUUCUCGAUUAUGCACAUGCACAAAUUGCACUUCAACAUCUUGCCCGUUUUCAUGCCUACGGUUUCAUUCUUCAGGCAAAAAAUCCGGAAUUAUUCGAAAAAACUAUUAAAUCAAUCAAGGAAACGGCUUUCUUUGAAAAGGAGGAUUACACGAAAAUGUAUGGAAAUCUUUGCGAUGUCGCAAUAAAGGCUAUAGAAAGUGAGGGCACUUAUUAUGUUGAUAAAAUUAAUAAUUUUCGAGACAAUGUAUUCAAAUCUUGUUUAUAUGUCACGAAUGGAUUUAACGCAGAGCCGUUUGCAACAAUAAAUCACGGAGAUUUUUGGACUAAUAAUAUGUUGUUCAAAUAUAACGAGAAUUCUGAGCCAGUAGAUUUCUGCUGCAUGGAUUUUCAAAUGCAUCGUUAUGCUUCACCGAUUUUAGAUAUUGUUUAUAUGCUGUUUGUUUGUUGCACCCAAGAAAUGCGACAAAUUUAUUACGAUCGAUUGUUAAAUGAUUAUUACAAGUCCCUCGCGGAAUUUUUAUGCAAAUUCAAUUUGAAGGUUGAACAAAUUUUUCCAUUCGAAAUAUUUAUGGAACAUUUACAACUUUUUGGAAAUUUCGGUGCCUGCAUGGCUCUUUUUGCACUCGAUGGCUUCUUGAAGGAAAAAACCCAACCAAUUAUUUCCGUUCACACGGAAAAUUGUGUAAAUGAUUUAUUGAAAAGACUAGAAAGUAAUAAAUUUUACGCCAGUAUGUUGAAAGGUAUUUUUAAAGAUAUGAUUGAUAAAAACUAUAUAUAAAAAUAAAUUUAGUUACGAACAUGUAAACAAACAAGUUUUUAAUAAAUUAACUAAGAAUUCAAUGCGUUAUGCGCCUAUAAUUUUUCUACUAAGAUGCUACCCGUCAUACAUGAAAGCUUCAGAAACGCCCUUUUACAGGGGUCGCAAUUAAUAGAUAACAUACCGAC